AAUGUCAACUCAGUCAACUGUUAUUUAUCUGUCAGACAUAGUCGUAUUAUCAUCUUAUUUUCACAAACACUUAAAUUAGUUCGAAAAUGAGUGAAUUGGUUUGGGGAAUAAAAAACGGAGAUCUAGAACAAGUAAAGGAUAUAAUAGAAAAAAAGUGUGUAGAUGUAAAUCAAGAAAUAGAUGGGCGACCCCCUAUUUUGUAUGCUGCUGAUUAUGGUCAGGCAGACGUUAUAGAAUAUCUCAUAUCAGCUGGAGCAGAUGUAAAUUCUAAAGACAAGCAUGGAAUAACAGCAAUUUUAGCUGCGAUCUGGGAAGGACAUAAAGACUGUGUCAAACUCUUAUUAGAUAAGGGUGCUCUGCGAGACGGUCGUGCACCUGAUGGUACGACAUAUGUAGACGCAGCAGAGAACAGUGAGAUUAAGCAAUUACUGUUGACCAAAUAAUCCUUAAACCUCCCACUGACUACCUUUUAAUCUUUUCUUUUCUUACUGUCAUUAUCAAACAACUUAUAUAUCUACCCAAACUGUAUUUAUUAUUAGGGAGUUUAGUUUUUUUAAUGAUAAUAAUAAUGUAAGAUGAAAGUACUGAAAGAGAACAGUAUAUUCAAAGUGCUGAGUGAUAUUUUGUUGUAGGUGUAUUUUUUUAAAUUAAACAAUACAUAUUAAGAAAAACUGUCA